AUGGAAGGAAUUGAGACAAAUAUUGUCGCCAUUGAGGAACAAUCUAGCGCUUCACAACGCCAGACAAAGAGGAAGAAGAUUAAGCCUGCAGAGAGCUUCUCUCCAUCGCUUGUAGACCUCAAGUUAAGCCACGAUAGGCAAAUUCCGUGGGGCACGCUAUAUAGCGAGUUGUCAAAGAGUCAUAAGGUGAUGGAAUUCGCCUGGAAAGAUGCAACAAUAGUCUUGUUCCUGUCUACUGUGCAUGACGGGAAGGAUUACAUUGCUAAGCUACGGAAACGACCUACAAAAACAGCUACAGGAUAUCAUCAAACGGUGAAGAAGUUCGGUAAAGAGGCGCAGGCGUGGCUUAAUAUUCCAGUGAUGAUCGAUGAGUAUAACCUCUGGAUGUGCGGCGUGGACGUAGCAGACCAGAUGCGCAGCUAUUAUAAUACAAAUCGUGUCCACAGAAAGACAUGGAAGCCAUUGUGGAGUUUCCUGUUGGAUACGGUUGUGGGCAAUAGCUACAUGCUC